AUGAGUGACUCAUCAGCUCCUGAUUUACCUUCCAAACCCUCCAGCCUAAAUGCUGGCCAAUCUUCCUCCCUUCAAACAACAAACACUGGGAUAGGUAUGGGCUCCGGUAUGGGAUCUGGAAUGGGUAUGGGAACGUAUGGAAACUCGUAUGGUUCAUCCUACGGUGGUGGAUAUGGCUCUUCCAUGUACGGUUCUGGCGGUUAUGGAAUGGGCGGUUAUGGUUCAUCUAUGUAUGGUGGAUCUCGUUACGGUAUGGGUAGUUAUGGUAUGGGUGGCUAUGGGAUGGGAGGAUACGGCAUGGGCAUGAACACUGGAAUGAAUGGCAUGGGGAUGGCCGGUUCUUUGGCCCAAGGCUCGGAGGCUACUUUCCAACUUAUAGAGAGCAUCAUUGGUGCUGUUGGAGGGUUCGCACAGGUAUUGGAAGCUACUUACAUGGCCACCCAUUCUUCAUUUUUCACAAUGAUAUCCAUGGCAGAUCAACUAUCUCAUCUGAAAACGGCACUGGGAUCCAUGCUUGGAAUAUAUACAGUGAUCAACUGGUUGAAACGAAUCAUGGCCAAGUUGAUGGGGGUGAAAAACAAGUUAACCCCAGAUGAAUUCAGAAAAUUCCAAGAAAAGCAGAUGAAGAAGCUGUCUAACAGUAACAACACUGGUGGACCUAACAAGAAUACCAAUAAAUUAUCCCUCAAACCUCUCCUUUUGUUUUUAGCUGCUGUGGUGGGAUUUCCGUAUCUUUUAAAGAAAUUAAUUGCUCAUCUUGCUGAGACCAGUCAAAUGAAUGGAAACUUUAUUACCAGUGGUGGAAGUUUACAAGGCAACCUAGAUCCCACGAAGUUGGAGUUUGCAAGGGCCCUUUACGAUUUCAAUCCUGAGAAUGAAGAAAUGGAGUUGAAACUUGCUAGAGGUGAGCUCAUUGCCAUUCUAUCAAAAACAGAACCAAAUUCCAACCAGGAGUCUACUUGGUGGAAAUGCAGAAGUCGGGAUGGUAAGGUUGGAUUUGUACCUUACAAUUACGUCGAAAUCAUUGAACGACAUCAACGACCCGUGCCUGAGGCUCAGGAAGAACCUGCCGCUGCAGUACUAGCGGAACGACAACAACAACCAAUAAUUGACUCUACAGAAUUUCAGAAGAUGAAGACAUAA